AUGCACGGAAUCCUCCCAGAAGAUGAUAUCGAUUACAUUAAUGAUACUCCAACAGUCCAAGAGUACAAAAAACUUCGUAGAGUUAUGAAGAUCAUGACUAACUUUUAUGUUGGUGGUAGCAAAACUAAAUUAGAACAAGCCGAAUUUUUUGAAGAAGAAUUACAAAAAGUUACACUUGAUGAAGAUAUGAUUAAUGCUCAAUUAGAAGCCUUUAAAUCAUUCCCAAUUCAUCCAAAACGUAGAGAUUAUGAAAUCGAAUUAAACGAAGAAUUAGAAAAGCUUUUAGCAUUAAAAAAAAAAUUCACCACCAAAGCUGAUGAAUAUAGAAAACUUCAUAUUUGGUCAAAUGGUAUUGUUAAAGUCACUAAAUGGUUAGAAGCUGGUCUUGAUGACUAUUGUGUCAAUCACUUAAAGAUGGAUCUUGGUUUCCAAGUUCAACCAAAACCAGAAUUAGGAAAAGAAGAAUAUAAAUCUUACAAAGAAGGUCUCGAUGAAAUUACUUACAAUCUUCAAGAAAGUCAAGACUUUUUCUGUGCCUCACUCGAUGGUCGUCUUCGUCAAUACCAUCAAAUGGAAAAAGAUAUCAUUGUUUCUCAAAUUGAAUCCAUUAAAAAAUUCCCAGAAGAUAGUCCACGUAGAGCUCAUAUCCUUUCUGAAUUAGAAGCCGAUCUCGAAUAUGUCAGCAAAAAUAUGACUGAAGAUCCAAGCUCACUUGCCAAACGUAAACGUAUGCUUGAAAUGCAUUCAGAUUUCUUCAAAGUCCUUAGAUGGUACCGUGAAAAAAUGAAGGUUCUCGGUGACGAAUAUGGUUUCGUUGAUGAUGAUAAACGUACAGAAGAAGAAAAAAUUAAAUCAGCUAUGUCAAACCAAGUCGAAUUCAUGACCAACUUCAAAGCUGAAGAAUCACCAGAAAUUGAAGAAUUAAAAAAAUUAAAUUUAAUUCACUAA